CCCGCCCGUCCCGUCGUCACAGCCCCUCGGGGCUCCGCUGCCGCCACCGCCGGGAUGCGCCGACGCCGGCUCGGAGGUCCUUCGUCCACUGCUUCUUCUGCCUCGGAAGGAGGCGUCGGAAGUUCCGGCGGGAACAUGGUCCAAUUCUACACCGACGAUGCUCUCGGGAUCAAGAUCUCCCCGACCGUCGUCCUCGUCCUCAACCUCUUCUUCAUAGGCUUCGUCACCGCCCUCCACGUCUUCGGCAAGCUCUACCGCAGCAAGCUCGUUCCUCCGGGAGCCCAAUAAGAAGUUACUUCCCCCACUCGUCGGUUCCUCUUGCGGCAUGGUUAACGGCACAACCUACGCCGUCUGUUCCAUCAUCUCCGUCGCCCCCGAUUGGACUCGUCGUUCCGUGCGCGUAGGGGUGUCGUUCCGGUCGGAUUGGUAUGUUUUGUUUUAAAUGGUAGUCAUUUUUUUUCCGUAGUGAUUUUUUUUAAAUGGUAGUCAUUUUUUCCCGUAGUGGUAGUGUUAUUGUAGUAUUGGUAUUGUUUUUGUUGCAUUGGUAUUGAUUUUGUCGCAUUGGUAUUGAUUUUGUUACAUUGGUAUUGAUUUUGUCGCAUUGGUAGUGAUUAAGUCUGCAAUGAUAUUGAUGUUUUGUGAAAUGGUAGUGUUUUUAUUUCUCGAAUGGUAUUGAUGUUUUGUACAAUGUAGUAUUUUUUAAUGAAUUGAUAUUGAUUUA